AUGCAUUCCACUCCUAAGUGCCAGCUGAAGUAAGAGGCUGGUCUUGAAAAAAUACAUCAUAGAACAAUAAAAAAAUAACAAAAGUAAACUCUCUAAACGAAGAAAAAGUCUGAGCAAUCUAUUAUUUUAGCUUAUCAAAAUAAUAGAAAACUGAGAUAAUAGACUUAUGAAAUCACUCAUAAAAAAUAUUUAGAUCAAUCCUAUGGUUCAAUUCAAAACAUUCUAAUCCCUUUGGGAAGAUUACAAAUUGAUGAAUUUACGAUAAAUAAUAAAAUUUUGGAAAGGAAAAUUACUCCAGAGUUUGUUGAGUGCAAAUUGUCACCAACAAACUCUUGUGAAGAAGAAAAUGAACUUACAAAAAACAAUAGUUUUUAUUAAUAUGAAUUAUUACAAUUAUACAAUAGUUUACCAGUAUUAGCUUAGUAAUAAAACGAAAGAAGAAGAUAUGAGGACUCAUUAAAUCUACCUUAUGAAUGUAUCACUUUGUAGUUUCACAAUAACAAACUAAUCAAAAUAUAGAAAAAAUGGAAUUAUGAUUUUCUUCGAAUGAUGGGAAUUAAUCAAGAAAUAAUUGAUGAUUAUAUUUUUAAUCACAAUUUGUUACCUAAAUGUUGGGAUCUAAACAAAAUAUACUAGAUAAUUGGUGAGACUAGAUUUGCCACAAAUAUCAAAAAUUAUUAGGGAGAAGAAUUUAUUUCUAAUGUUGAUAUAAAAAUAUUUACAGAAUAAAAUAAAAGUACCUCAAUUAAAGAAUAAGUGAUUUAUUUCUCAUUUAAAUGUGAAAGACAAUUCCUAAGUGUUGAGUAGAUAGAAAAAAAUUUCUAACACUAUUUUAAGUUGGAUUAAAUUGCUUCAGAUUGGUAUAUGUCGAUCCAUAGAUCUAGAAUUACAAAGAGAUGUUCUAUAAGAUAAAAAGCUAAUUGA